AUGCGCCUCGCCCACCGCCUCCUUAUGGCCACGCCGGCCUCAAUCGGUUCCAAAUCUAGCCUCAGCGAGGCCCUUGCGCUUCUCCCGCCGCUGCAGCUGUACCGCCGCAUCCUGCGCGUCCACCGCAGGCUCGACCCGGAAAUGCGCGUGUUGGGCGAUUCAUACGUGAAAAAAGAGUUCCGGGCGCAUCGGACCGCGGAGAACCCAUUGCACAUUAUCGGAUUCUUGACAGAGUGGCAGCUCUACGCGCAGAAAUUGGAAGGUGAUAAUUGGACUGGGGAUAAGCUGGACGAGGCCAAGCUGAACAAGAUGAGUGAUCAACAAAUCGGACAGCUUUUUGAACUCAUGCAGGCUAUCCGGAAUGAGGGCCAGGGCGAGGGUGAUGGUGAAAAACAAUGA